AACAGAAGCAGUCACUAGUACUCGGUAUUCGGUAAUAAAUAUAAUAAUUAAUAUUGAACAGAAAACAGCAGCUUUUUAGGCUAUAUUGAUGUAAAAUAUUCUACAAUUUAUACAAUACUAUAAGUUGUACAGCAAAUGGCUGAACCAAGAAAAGUAGUUGAUUAUAAUGACGCGCGUCCAAAAGGAUCACUUAACACACCUCCUCCACCAAUUAGAUUGCCUAAUGCUCCCGUAGCUCCUCCUGUAGGGAUGUCCCUUCCGCCUCCACCAAUUCCUCCACCGGGUCUUCCGCCACCUGGCAUUCCACCACCAGUUAUGCCCCCACCCAUAUUAAACAAAGCCCCUCCCGGGAAUUGGCCAUCAUCAAGGCCCCAACCAAAUCCAAAUGGACAAAAUCAAAUUAGGCAAAAUUCACCACAAUCCAAUUUAGACCAACCAAAGGGGGGACCAAUACCCUUAAUGUCUGUAAAAGUAGCUAAACCAGAUAACAUUGAAAAAAAUUCUGAAAAUUUAGAAGAAAGUGUAAAAGAUGGCGAGAAGAAAGAGGACUCCAAUAAGGAAAGCGAAGAUGAGGAAACAGAUGAAACAAAAGAUCAAAAGGACAAGGAAUUAAUUUUUCCAAAAGCUCUAGAAGAUGCUUUAGCCUUAAAAGAUAUUCGUGCAGCUGAUUAUCAAGAUGGAAGCGAGAUAUUUACUGUAUCAGAAGAGCCUAGCAAACCAUCCGUACCUAGUGGUGUCAUAAGUACAGAUUAUGCAGAUGCCGAAGGAGAUUCUGAUGAGGACGAUGCCCAAUCUGGAGCGAACAAGGAAGCGAAUAAGCCGCAAAAUAAAAAAGAUAAAAGUAAACGUAAAAAAAAGCGAAAAAAGUUGAACAGAAAGGCUAGACAAAACGCUCAGAGAGAGUUUGAUGAAAAGGAUGAUGAACCUUUAGAAAAAAAUAAAGAAAAUGAGGUUUCAAAUAAUAAGGAAAGCAAAAAUGAUGAUGUAGCUAUUGAAUAUGUUCCAGAAAGGAUAACUGUUGCUGAUUUGGCACCAAUGUAUCGUCAGUUUUACAGAAUUUUCGAAAUAUUUAAAUUGGAAAACAAACCAAAAUUGCCAGAGAAUGAAAAGACUGGUACGGCAUUAGAACAAAGUCAAGCUGCCGCGAAAAACGUUGAAAAGCUCUUAGAAGAAGAAGAUGAUGACAUGGAAAUUGAGAAAACGGAAGAUAAAGAAAAGUUGUCAAAACGAAAAUUGAAAAAGUUAACCCGUUUAAGUGUAGCUGAAUUAAAACAGCUUGUUGCCAGGCCCGACGUUGUAGAAAUGCACGACGUAACAGCUCGAGAUCCAAAAUUGUUGGUACAAUUGAAAGCGCACAGAAAUACAGUCCAAGUGCCAAGGCAUUGGUGUUUCAAACGUAAAUACUUGCAAGGAAAGAGAGGUAUUGAAAAGCCUCCUUUUGAUCUACCAGCAUUUAUUAAAAAGACUGGCAUAAUGGAAAUGCGUGAGUCGUUACAAGAAAAGGAUGAUUCAAAAACCUUGAAGGCAAAAAUGCGAGAACGUGCACGUCCUAAAAUGGGUAAAAUUGAUAUUGAUUAUCAAAAAUUGCAUGAUGCUUUCUUCAAAUGGCAGACUAAACCGAAAAUGUCCAUUCACGGUGAUUUGUACUAUGAAGGAAAAGAAUAUGAAACUCGUUUAAAAGAGAAAAAACCGGGAGAUCUAUCAGAGGAAUUAAGAAUUGCAUUGGGUAUGCCAGUAGGUCCUAAUUGCCAUAAAAUUCCUCCGCCAUGGUUGAUUGCACAACAACGUUACGGACCACCCCCAAGUUAUCCUAAUUUGAAAAUUCCUGGUUUGAAUGCACCAAUACCAGAAGGUUGCUCAUUUGGUUAUCAUGCAGGCGGUUGGGGUAAGCCUCCUGUUGAUGAAAAUGGUAAACCAUUAUAUGGGGAUGUAUUUGGAACGAACAUUGUCGACUUAGAUAGUGGUAUUGACGAAGGUGAUAUAGAAAGGAAUCAAUGGGGUGAACUUGAAUCAGAAUCAGAAGAAUCUUCUGAAGAAGAGGAAGAAGAAGAAGGUGAAGAUUUAGUUAACGGAGCCGAUGAAACUGGCUUAGUAACACCAGCUGAAGGUUUAGUCACACCAUCCGGAUUGACCAGUAUUCCAGCGGGAAUGGAGACUCCCGAAAAUAUUGAAUUAAGGAAGAAGAAAAUCGAAGCAGAAAUGGAAGAUAACGAAACACCAGUUUUGUAUCAAGUGCUUCCUGAAAAGCAUGGUGAUCGCGUAGGUGCUGCAAUGAUGGGUUCAACUCAUAUCUAUGAUAUUUCGGGUGUUAAUAAAAUGAGAGCCCCUCCACCUCCACCAAUUAGUAGCGGAGAGGGCAUGGUCGAAUUGGCUCUAGAUCCAUCUGAAUUAGAUUUAGACAAUGAUGCUAUGGCUCAACGAUAUGAACAGCAAAUGCGAGAGCAACAAAGUCAUUUACAAAAAGAAGAUUUAUCAGAUAUGUUGGCAGAGCAUGUUGCCCGCCAAAAAUCAAAAAGGAAACGACAGCAAACUGAUACAACUAAAACAAACAAAAAAUACAAAGAAUUCAAAUUUUAAAAAAAAAAUAAAUCAUUUCAAUAAUCCGAUUGUUGAUAUUAUUGUAUGUAUAACUUUAAAAUGAAAAAUAAAUUGUAAGAAAAAAUAAGUAUAAAACAUAAAAGUUAAGAA